AUUAGUGGAGUAAAUCGAUGAUCCGGAGCGCAGUUCCGUCUAAAAUGUGGAGGCUGCUGGUGUUCGUUCUAUGGAUAGCUCUGCAAACGAUAUGCUUCAGCCACGUGACAUUCACGAAUCUGAAAUGCACUGCACUCGAUGAGAAGUUCAUGGAGUUUCCCACGUGCCAGAUCAAGGCAGUGAACCGAUCGCACAAGUACGUGGAUAUAUGCACAAAGCUCCAUCGGCUGCCCAUUCAGUCGGCCUGGGUGAAGGUGAAGUUCAUGAAGUUUGACCACGGAUACAAGCCCUUCUUCAUCGACCUCUCCUACGAUGCGUGCAAGUUCCUGAAGGACAAAGCAAAGCAUCCCAUUGCCUUCAUGUUCUUUCGCUCGUUCAUGAACAGCUCGAACCUCAAUCACUCCUGUCCCUACAAUCAUGACGUCAUCGUGGACAAACUCUACACCGGAGAGCUGGAGACGGAGUUCAGUCGCCUAAUCCCCAUUCCCAACGGGGACUAUGCCAUCUACACCGAUUGGAGCACCGAAAAUAUUCCACGUGCUUCCGUUCGCAUCUACAUGAAAAUACUGAGAAACUAG